UGACGCCCCAAAUGAGGGUUGAAACGCCACCGCCAUGUGCCCGCCGUCUUCCACGGUGAUGAUCCUCCGUGCAAUCAAUCCUUAGACGCUAUUAAUCCGCACACGGUCUGCUUCACUCUCCUUUAUGCCAGACAAGCCUGCUUAUUCAUCAUUGAUCCGCAAACAUGGCUCAAGAAACUUUGGUCGAGCGGAAACAUGUCAUUCGAUGGAGUCUCCUCUGGGUCGUCUUCUUUGCGGCCUUUGUCUCGAUGAGUUAUGGCGCCUCGAAUGCCAUCAUCUCCACUACAAUCGGACAGCCGAGCUGGUACCGCGCGAUGGAAUUGGACGAAGGACAGAAGCACUAUCAUCAACGAAACGCCCUCCUCGGCGCGACGAGCAGCCUAUUCUACGCCGGCGGAUUUUUCGGACCCUUCGUCCAUGGCUGGGUGGCGGACGCGUACGGCCGAAAAUGGUCGAUGUUCGUCGCGUGUGCAACAGUCCUCGUCUCACAGGCUUUGAUCACUGGCGCGGUGAAUAUUGGAAUGUUCAUUUGCUUCCGAUUCUUUGCUGGAUGGGGAGCCUACCACUGCGUAGCCGCAGCUCCGAACUACAUCACCGAGAUUGUCCCACCACGGGACCGCGGAAUGUUGACCGACAUCCACGCCGUAGGCAUCAACGUUGCAUACGUUGUGACAGGGUACAUUGGCCUGGGCUUCUUCUUCUUCGAAUCCUCCGAUGCCUGGCGCGGCCCGUUGGCUUUGACCAUGAUUCCACCACUCGUCGUCUGUCUGGGAAUCUACUGGAUUCCUGAGAGCCCGCGUUGGCUGCUAUCGAAGGGCAGAGAAGAGGAGGCGUGGGAGGUGCUCAGCCGUCUACACCGUGACCCGACAGACGCGAACAAUGAAUUUGCCCGACGCGAGUUUUACCAAAUUCGCAAGCAGAUCGAACUUGACCGCACCCUACCGGCUACGUACAGGGAGAUCUUCACCCGGCCAUCGUACCGCAAGCGAGCAAUCAUCACAAUCACCCUCCUGUUUUGCGUGAUGAGUUCUGGAAUCCUGGUCAUUCAGAACUACGGCGUCAUCAUCUUUGGAAAGCUGGGCUUCGACAACGUUCAGCAACUCCUCUUCCAAACUGGAUAUACCGCCAAUUGUCUGUUGUGGAGCUUGGUCGCCAUGACCUUUGUCGAUCGCGUUUCCCGUACUCGCCUACUAGGCACGGGCUAUGGGAUGUGCGCCUUCUUCUUGACCAUGUUGACGAUCCUCCUGAGCGUCUACGAAAAGACGACCAACAGAGCUGGCCUUGGGGCAUGUGUCGCCAUGAUCUUCCUCUACAACGUCUCAUUCGAACUCGGACUCGAUGGUCCGGAAUUCUUCUACCAAGCCGAAAUCUGGCCAAGCCACCUGCGCGCCAAAGGCUACGCCCUGGCGACUUGCGUCUACUCUGGAAUCAACAUCGUGUGGCUGCAAGCAGCCCCUACCGCCUUCGCGACCAUCGGCUACUACUACUACAUCAUCUUCAUCGUGUGCUCCGUCUUCGGCUCGCUUAUGGCCUUUUUCUACUUCCCCGACACGCUGCACAAGCCGCUGGAAGAGGUGGCUGCAUUGUUUGGAGACCAAGACUUGGUGGUUGUUUACCAGCAGCAGCUUGGGGAUUCGGAGCUGGGCGAUUCGAUCAAGGAGAAGGAAACGCAUGAUCGCGAGAAGGAUGAGAUGAAGAAGGCGCCGUCGGUGGAUAAGAUUUCGAACGCGGACGUAUCGUUUUAGUCAGGGGAAAGAGUCAUCUUCAUCGGACAGCUGCAUGCUAUCACGAGCGAU